AUGAAAAGUUUAACCAAUUUUUUAUUGUUAAUAUUAGUACUACAACUACUAUCACUUCUAUUAUUAUUUAAUCAUGUCGAUGCUAUUAGCAAUCAAUGUAAAAAUGAUAUUGAUAUAAUGUUGGAUUAUAAAAAUAAUUCAAAUUCAUUUAAAAUGAUUACAAAUUCUGGUAAAUCAAUGAAUGAUAUGGGUAAUUUUGAUCAAUGUUUAAUGUUGCCAAAUGCAAGUUAUAGUGUUUAUGAUACAGAGAUUAAAAGUGAACGUCCCAAACCAGUUGGAGUAUAUCGUUAUUUGGUUGGGUUAUGUCUACCUAGAUCAUGUGAUACUGAUCAAGAUGUGAUUGAUGCCAUACCACUUUUACCAUACUUUAUACCAUCGGCCAAUCUUUCAGUUAGAGAACCUGUCAUUAAACACUAUGUACCUGGUCAUACUACUGAAAGAGAUAUUACCCCAGGUAGUAUUGUCAUGAUGGUUGUUUGUUCAAUCAUUGUACUACUAGUUAUUAUUGGAACUAUACUUGAUAUUCUAGUAUUUAGCAAGGCUACUACUGCUACUGCUGACAAUGAUCAUCCUCAUUGUCGUAGUCGUCGCAUUAACCCAACAUUUAAAUUAAUAUUUCUAUCAUUUUCACUAAAGAAUAAUCUUUAUUAUUUCUCAAAGAUAUCAACACCAACCGGUGAAUACUUUGGAACAAUGGAUGGAUUUAGAGUAUUGGGAAUGAUUUGGGUUAUUCUUGGUCAUACAACCUUGUUUCAGUUUCCCAUGUCUGGUGAACUAGACAAAGAACUCACUGUAUUUGCUCAUGGAGUAGCAUUUGCAGUCUCGACUGGAGGUGUCUAUUGUGUUGAUAUCUUUUUCAUGCUUGGUGGUUUCUUGGUUUCAAAUAGUUUAUUAAAAUAUUUUACUAAACAACCAAGUAAUAAUAAUAAUAAUAAUGUAGAUUUUACAAGUGAAAAGUCAGAAAAUCAAUCAGAUCAACAAUCAGAUCAAAAACUAGAACAACAAUCAGAUCAACAAACAGAUCAACAACAAAAUAAUAUUCAACAAGAUAAACCAAAAAAUAAUAAUUCAAAAAGAUUUACAGGUAAAUUUUGGUUUAUGUAUAUAAUUAAUCGAUUACUUAGAUUAUCACCACCAUUUUACUUUACAUUAUUCUUUUAUUGGUUAUUGGUACCAUUAAUUGGUAGAGGCCCAUUGUGGUAUCGAUUUAAAAUGGAUUUGAUUGGAAAUUGUGACAAAUAUUGGUGGACCAAUGUAUUGUACAUUAAUAGUAUCUAUCCAUUUUCAAUGCAAGAUACCCCGUUGGCGUGGUCAUGGUAUUUAUCAGAUGAUAUGAUCUUUUAUCUCUUGACACCUCUCUACAUUUUUGCAUACCUACGAAUUGGUAAGAGAUUUGGAUUGGCGGUGAUUGGUUUGACUGUGAUUGGAUCGGUUGCUGCCACCACCAUUCUUAGUAUUCGUUAUGACAUGGUCAAUUAUUUUGUACAAUGGGUACAGCCAACCGAGUUUGCUUCGGACAUUUACCAGAAACCAUGGUGUAGAAUCACUCCCUAUGUCAUUGGAGUAGCAUCUGCCAUGAUUUUUAGAGACUAUAGAAAACAACUUCACGACCAUCUCUAUAAAUCCAUCGUUACUCGGUACACUCUUUAUACACUCAAUUUGGGUGUCCUUUUGGUUUGUAUCUUUCUACCAAUGAAUGCAAAGGAAUGGACCCCAGAACACUGGAGUAGUACUGCAAGUGGUUUCUUUAAUGGUUUUAGCAACACUCUACUCACACUGUCAAUGUCUUACUUUUUCAUUGCCACUUUUCUUGGGUAUGCCAGUUUCUUGAUCACACUGUUUAGUCUUACCAUCUGGAAAUAUCUCUCUAAAUUGGUGUAUUGUACCUACUUGGUUCAUGCCAUUUUAAUUAUCAUUCGAGUCUACUCUUCUCCCAUCCUAUUUGUUGUCGAUUUCUAUGGACAGUUUUGGUUUUUCAUGGCAAACCUUUUACUCUCUUUUAUUUAUGCUUUUAUUCUUCAUCUAACUAUUGAAAGACCUUUUAAUAAUUUACUUAGACCUUUAUUAAAUUAA